UAUAUUUUUAAAUUUCAGAGAGUAUUAUUAGUACCUCUACAAAUAGAAAUUCAUCACUUUAACUCCCCGGAGAAGAAACAAAAUAUAAAAACUCUCGCCUCCAUUUUUGAAUUUCUUGUUAUCAUUCAAUUCAUUUUCCCUCUAAGCUCACAAAUUAUUUUCGAGAUUCCGAAAUUUCAAAGUUAAAAUGGAGCCACCGGGAAACGACGUCGUUGCGUUUGAGUCAGCUCAGAAGAUAAUCCUCCGGUGGGAUUCCACGGCGUCGGAAGACGCUCGAGAGAAGAUGAUCUUCGCCGGCGAUCGACAUGAGAUCGAUCGGUAUUUGCAAGCUGUUGAUGAAAUCCAACGGUCGAUGGAGUCCGCUACACUUUCCGAUGAACAGAACAAAGUUAGUAGUGCGAUCCAGAUCGCCAUGGCUCGGCUUGAAGAUGAGUUUCGUAAUAUACUCAUAGCUCACACGACUCCUAUGGAAGCUGAAUCUCUUACUGACAGUAGUCCUGUGCCUGAAGAAGACUACGAGGAUGACUCGCUGUUGACCAAGGACUUGGAGCAUCAAGAGAGUAACAGCAGCUGUAGUUAUCGAUCUACAAAUAGCAUUCGUGAAAUCGAUCUAAUGCCUUCGGAUGCAAUUUACGAUCUCCGAUGCAUCGCCGAGAGAAUGAUCCUCGCCGGAUAUCUCCGGGAGUGUAUUCAGGUGUAUGGCAGUGUACGCAAGUCUGCAGUGGACUCGAGUUUCCGCAAACUUGGAAUAGAGAAGCUGAGCAUCGGAGAUAUCCAGAGAUUAGAAUGGGAAACUCUAGAAACGAAGAUCCGGCGGUGGAUACGAGCUGCAAAAGUAUGCGUUCGGAUACUUUUCGCUAGUGAGAAGAAACUCUGUGAGCAAAUCUUCGAAGGUUUAGGCACUGCAACGGACGAUGCUUGUUUCAUGGAAACAAUCAAAGGUCCAGCUAUUCAGCUAUUCAAUUUUGCUGAAGCCAUUAGCAUUAGUCGGCGAUCACCGGAGAAGUUGUUUAAGAUAUUGGAUCUUCAUGAUGCUUUAUCGGAUUUACUGGUGGACAUUGAGAUUGUUUUCGAUUCAAAAUCUUCGGAGUCAAUUAGGGUUCAAACUGUAGAGAUACUAUCUAGGUUAGCUGAGGCUGCAAGAGGGAUAUUAUCUGAAUUUGAAAAUGCAGUGCUUCGAGAACCUUCCAAGGUUCCUGUACCUGGAGGGACAAUUCAUCCCUUGACUAGGUAUGUUAUGAACUACAUAAGUUUAAUCUCAGACUACAAACAGACCAUGUCUGAAUUAAUUGUCUCAAAGCCAUCAACAGGGUCAAGGUAUUCGAGUGAUCCUAACACUCCUGAUAUGGAUUUUGCGGAGCUAGAAUCACAGACCCCGUUGGCGCUUCAUUUGAUCUGGAUUGCUGUGAUUUUGCAGUUCAAUUUGGAAGGUAAGUCUAAGUGCUAUAGAGAUACUUCAUUGGCACAUAUAUUUAUGAUGAACAAUGUACAUUAUAUUGUUCAGAAGAUUAAAGGGUCACCUGAGCUGAGGGAGAUGGUAGGGGAUGAUUGUUUAAGGAAAUUAACAGGGAAAUUCAGGCAAGCAGCUACAAACUACCAGAGAUCAACCUGGGUGAAUGUUUUACAUUGUUUGCGAGAUGAGGGUUUACAUGUCAAAGGCAGUUUUUCAUCCGGGGUGUCUAAGAGCGCAUUGAGAGAGCGGUUUAAAACCUUCAAUGCUAUGUUUGAAGAGGUACAUAGGACUCAGUCCACCUGGUUGAUACCGGAUACCCAGCUCCGAGAGGAGCUGCGUAUUUCUGUAUCUGAGAAGUUGAUCCCAGCUUAUAGAUCAUUUCUCGGAAGGUUCAGGAGUCAUAUUGAAAGUGGGAGGCAUCGGGAAAACUAUAUCAAGUAUUCUGGUGAGGACAUUGAGACUGCUGUCUUGGAUUUCUUCGAGGGGUACCAAGUUUCACAACACAUAAGAAGAAGAUCUCAGUGAAAUGAUAUAAGUUUCAGUAAUUAGAAUCUUAGGACAUUCUUUGAAUUUUUUUUGUGGAGUCAUUUAAGAGGAGCCGAGGUUCUGGAUUUAAGGUAUUGUCGUGCAAAGCAGAAAAUUUUGGUAAGAUCAGCUGUAUCUAUGAUGGUCUCCCUCUGCCUAAAUGCUCCUGCCCUGUAAGCGCAGUGUUGUUGUAUUUCUUCCAUAUGUUAGAUUUUAUUUCAUUUGUCCAUA